AUUGGCAACACUGUCGCCCUGUUUACUGUUUAUUUUUAUUUAUGAAUAUGAUUCAUUGGAAAUUUCAGAAAUUUGUAAAUAUUACCUACUAUUCAGAUUCAAGGACAGUAGUAGUUGGUUAAAAAAAUAAGGAAAAACUUGGACAUAACAGCUUUUUUGUAAAAUUAAAUAAGGUAGCAAAAAAUCAUAAACUCACUCAAAAAGGGCAUAAUGACGGACUUUGCCACGAAAUUCCACAACCUCGAAGGAGACUUGAUACGCGACAGAAAGAAGAGCUUCUUCAAAUUAUUAAAAGAGACUGCUUUAAAUUCCACCCAGUCUGAUAUAAACCAGGCAAUUGAAAAUCUUCGCCCAAAAUCAUACCAAGAAAAAUUAUUUUGGGUGGAAACAUUAGUUUAUUUCAAAAAAACUGCUCCCCUAAUAGAGCUGCUUAAAGAAGGAAAUAGAGAAUAUGUGAAGAUAAUCGUAAGGCAGAAAUGGUUCAUUGAAGAUGCGUUUAAAGAUAUGAGUGCUUUAGAACUGGUUAAUCAGUUCUUUCCAUGUGUGUCUUAUAGUACUAGACUGAAGUUAUUAAGAAGAAUUCCGAAUUGUUGGAGUGAGGAGAAAGUAGACGAAUUGUUUGAUGCUGUACAGAAAAGGUAUGGUAUCUACAUCGCUUUGGAUGUAUUACACGUUUGCAGUACCUCCAAAAUCAAGAGAAUUCUCGAAGAGAACGAAAUUUUAUUACACGCACACCAAGUGAUUCAUAUAUUCAAGAAAAACGAAGAUCUUUUUAAAAUAUAUAUCGAUUACAGUGUUAAUUUGUUUAAAAAACCGUACGAUGAGAAAGGUGUACUAAAUCUAUUAGCUUAUAAGAACCCUUCUCUCUUUUUACAAUUGUUAAAAUCCAAUAAAAUAGUUAUCAAAAAAUUACCGAAAACAGCUACCGCAGGAAUCGUAAAUAUGGCCAAACAGGAAAUACUGGAAGAUCCUCAACAUUAUUAUAAAAUCUUAAAUGCUCGGGCUCUCGUUUCGAUGCUAAAAACGGAUUUCGUUACAUUUUACAGAACGUUUUUCCCGAAAAAGUUCCAAGAAAUAACCUCAACCUGCUAUUCUAUUAAAAUCCUCAAACAUUUACCCAAAAACACAAGAUGGCGAGCAUUUUACGAAACAUUUAAAAUCAAUUUUCCGCAAAAAAGUAUCAGUGAACUGUUUAUGGCGAUCGAUUCCACCAUUCUCAAAUUGAAUCCUGGUAAAGAAAUUGUAAAAACUUGGGCUGAAGUCAAAUAUAAAGCUACGAAUGACGAAAACUUUCUGCAAUACUACCAGACAGCGAUUUCGAUACCUAUGUUGAAAGAAAAAAUAAACGUCACUUCAGAUAAAGUGAAACGACAGGCUAUGUUGAUGCUUCUCAUCACUACUUGUGCAGAAAAUAAAGACGUACAAUCUCUAGAAGAAGUCAUGCAGUACGUUGAGUCGAGGCACAAAAACGAGGAUGCCUAUACUUAUAGAAAAAUCAUGGAAUUCAUUUGCAAUACGUUUAAUAAUGGAGAACUAAGCAAGAAACAUUGGGAUUUCAUCCGGCAACAAGUCAUUUUAAUUCGUACGAAAGGAACGAUCAAUUUUUACGAUUACAGAAGUAUCGUCGAUCAACUUUUAGUGUAUGGGUAUAAGAAUGACAAACAACUCUUCUACGUAGUAGCUAAAGAAUACAUCAAAGACGCAGCGGAUUCAAGUUUAUACUUCGGGGACUCCCUGCAAAAUUCUGAUUUGGAUCGCGAAAUCUUCCUGGAAUUCUGCAAAUUAUUACCGGAGUUGUUAUUGGAAGAUCAUAAAUAUUUCAAAUCUACUAUAUCGAGUACUAUAGAAGAAUUUAACAAAAUAGGCCAGUUACGACCUGAAGAUCCUUUAAAUUUACUUCAGUUUCCUUAUUUGGUAUCCGCCAUAGAGGGAACCGUUAAUAAAAACGUUUUUGAUUACCAUGAGGAACGUAUCAUCAAAUUUGCGAUAUUGUAUCAUUUGAAUGUUCCGAAAUAUUCUUUGCCGUUUUUGAACGCAACAAAAAUAUGUGAAGUUCUUAGUUCAGUCACUAAAGACCAGAAUGGUGUUUACGGUGACGUAGUCAGGAGUAUUGUAAAGAAAGAACGUUUUUCUGAAACCGAAAGAGUCAUACUGAUUCACUUUCUAGAAAGGCAAGACCUCGACAAAGUUGGUGAUUGGAUGAUGGGGUAUAUAAUUGAUGAUUUACUGUUACAACAUCCCGCUUAUCUAGCAAAAUAUUUCGAUAGAAUUUAUUCAAGAGAUUUAGCGUGUUUCGAUAAGAAAUGGAUAAGGCACUAUUCGCAUUUAGGAUUGAAUAAAAAGAUCUACGAAUGUUUGUCUAAAGAUUGGAUGCAACAAGAUCAUCAGCUGCAAUUAAAUAUUAUGAAUAUAAUUCAAAAUUUGUUAUCUGAAGAAGAAUAUAUUGAUUUUGUUGAUCAACAUUUUUCACCCGAUAAGCAUUUAGAUGAUUCUCAUGAUAAUAUCGUGAUAUUACAAAUGCAGCAGUAUAUUGCUGGAUUGUUGAAGAAAGCCAAUACUGCAAUUAAAUAUUUGCCGUUAUUGUUGAAGUUUUGUAAAGAAGAUCUUUUGAAUUAUACUUUACCUUCGUUAUAUAGUUUGUUUUCGAGAUCACCGGAGAAUAAGCUGCAUCCUUUUAUAAAAAUAUUAUCCGAACGGGAUAUAUUUAUACGAAAACAUGCCGUAUUUUUAUCCUGCGAAUUUCUCGAUUAUAAUUAUGUUUUUAAUUUGCUAAAAUCUUCGGAUUGCAGUCCUCAUCCUUCUCGGAAAUAUUUAUGUAUGGCUGCUUUGAAGUAUUUUGCAAAAAAUUGUAGCGAGCAGCUGUUCAUUUUAACUACAAAGUUCUUGGAUAUGAUUAAUAAAAGUCACAAAGAAAUAUUUUCAACUUUAGUUAGGAUUAGAAUUCCUAAAACUUAUAGAGCUCGGUACAUCGAAAUUUGUUGGAAACUAUUUGAAAACGUCGAUGAUGAUAAAAUAAACGUUAACAAACAUUUUGAUAGAUUGUUAGAACAGAGUUUCGAUGAAGAUGUUUUAAAAUCAAUUUCUCCAUUGUUCGUUAAAAAUGUCAUUAACCGUCACUUAUUUAUACAGGGUGAACAUCGUUUAAUAAACAUUGAUAAGUUUGCAGUGUUGUGUUUGGAAUACAGAUCUAUAGAAAGACCAAAUAACUUUGCUAUGGUAUUUGGAACGCUGUCAAAAUCAAAUAAGCGAAUCAUCAGUGGUUUCUGUACAGUAUUUGUUAAUUUUGUGUACAGUAAUCCAGAUUCAAAGUUCAUAAAUACUUAUAUCGAAAAUUGGAACAAAUAUUUUUCCACGGUAGAUGCUUUGGACGAGUAUAUAACGUUCAAUCUUUUGCUGAAAUAUUCCAGUCAUCCUUUAGAGGAAUACGCUACAGCUGCAGUCGAUUACUUGGAACAAUUAAUAUACGAAUUCGGGCCGCCAGUUUUUGAUGUUUUCAAAGUAGGUUUCGAAAAUCUGAUGGGCAAAAUGAAGAAAAUAGAUCAGUAUAAUUUGUUUUAUUCAAUGAUAAAUUAUAAAACAACACCAGCUACUUGCGUACUUGUAAUCCAACUUUUAACACCCAUUAGCGAUGAAGAAACUGAAGAUUUGAAGUCUGUUUACGACAAAAUUAUCCAAAUUCUCGAAUCAUCUAAAGAAGAAAUUGUUAAAUGCUGCUACGAAAUUUAUUUAAGAAAAAAUGAAAUUUAAUUUUUUUAGAAACAGCACCAUAUAAAGUGCCUUUCUAAUAUAUAAAGCCUGUUGUACUAAUAUUUUUCUAAUUUUUAUGUUUA